UUGAAUUGUCAUUCCAUUUGCAUUGUCAUGUCACGUUAACAAGCUCUUUAUUUAGACAAGUUGUGCACUUUAUUUUGGCUCAUUGUGCACCAACAGAACAGUCUAUUCCCUGCGGUCAGUGUUUUAGAGCUCCUCCAACAGUCAGUCUCAGUGGGUGAUGUUUGGUGAAAUCUCACGCUUUUGCUCCUGUUCCCUCACUGCGAGUCCAGCGACACGCAGAUAAACACUCACCGCAUGCAGCAGCAAAUCUGAUACAUCUGAGAUAUUUUACAAUAAUUUUAGUGGAUCAUAGAAGUGAUGAUAUUUUCCCGGAUCAUCGCAACAGUUUGAAAAUGAACCCUCAUUGCGCGCGCUGUGGGAAAAUUGUCUACGCGACUGAGAAAGUGAACUGCCUGGACAAGUAUUGGCACAAAGGAUGCUUCCAUUGUGAAGUGUGUAAAAUGACUCUCAACAUGAACAACUAUAAGGGAUAUGAGAAGAAGCCCUACUGCAACGCGCACUACCCAAAACAGACCUUUACAAUUGUGACAGACACCCCUGAGAACCUACGGCUGAGACAGCAAAGCGAGCUACAAAGUCAGGUCAAGUACAGGAAGGAUUUUGAACAGAGCAAGGGUCAGGGGUUCAAGUUCGCCUUGGAUACUCCAGAGCUGCAGAGACUGAGGAAGGCCCAGGAUCAGAUCAGUAAUGCAAAGUAUCAUAAGGAUUUUGAGGUGUCAGGUUUGCACGGGGUCACUCAGGGAAUGCGUGGAACGUACCUGGUACGGCCUCAGAUGGCGCCUAACCAUGAGACGGUGGGAAACAGCUCACACAAGGGUGUCCAUCAGUGCAUCAUGGAGAUGGAUCGAAGACCUGGUGUCAUUGUGGCACCUGUUCUUCCUGGUGCCUACUAUUCCAGUGGCCACAGCUACAUGCAUCAGACCAGUAUGCAUUCGCUGAGGUCAAUGCAGCUGAGGUCACAACACAGGAGUAUGACUGUGUACAGGGCCCUGUAUGACUACACUGCGCAGGAUUACGAUGAGGUGUCGUUCCGGGAUGGUGACAUCAUUCAGAACGUGCAGCCGAUCGACGAAGGGUGGAUGUAUGGAACGGUACAGCGGACGGGGAGAUCAGGGAUGCUGCCUGCCAACUACGUAGAGGGCAUUCGCUAGGUGUCCUCAAAUGAAACACCGUAUCUGAAUUGUUCAUAGGCAUCAAAUGUUUGUAAACAGUCAAAAGUACAGCUCGUUUUUAAUAGUGCUGAUCGUCCCACUUUAUAAGUGUUUAUAAUGUUAUAUAAUUUCUCAUUUUGUUACUGUUCAAAAGUUUGAGGUCAAUUCGAGUUUUUAUAAAGAAAUGUAUAUUUCUAUUAACAUGUUACAAAAGAUUUCCAUUUUUUUAAAUAAAUGCUGUUCUUUUGAACAUUCUAUUUACUAAAGUCCUGGUUUAUUAAAAAAAGAAAAAUAAGCAGCACAUUUUUUCACAAUCGAUAAUUAGAAAUGUUUCUUGAAAAAAAAAAUCAGCAUCUUCAAAUGAUUUCUGAAAGAUCAUGUGACACUGAAGACUGGAGUAAUCAUGCAAAAAUUCAGCUUUUUAAUUUAUAUACAAUGGAAAAGUUAUCCUAAAUUGUUAUUUCAUAAUAUUAAUCUAUGUUGAAAUUUGAAAUAAAUGCAGCAUUGAUGUGCAUAAGAGGCUUCUUUCCCAAAAAUCUUUUUUUUUCCCAGUGACAGUAACACAUACUUAUGAUUAUAAUAAUAUAAAAUUAUAUAUAUAUGUAUAUAUAUUAUGCAUAAUUACAAGUAAAUAACCCUAAACCAAAGCCUACCCUAACCCUGUAGUAAGUAGUACAUAUAGUUAAUAAUUAUUACCAAGUACUUACUGAAAUAAAGUGAUACCAAAACAUCUUACACACCCGAACUUUUGAAUGGUAGUGUACUUUAAUGCAAUGUUAAAUGUAUAAGAUGUAAAGAGAAUGUGAAUGUAAAAUGUAAAGGUUUUUGUCACUUAAAUAUUUAAAAAAGCAUAAUUUUUAACAGCAUGUUGCCUUGUAAAACAUGAAUAUUUGUGGAAACCGUUCUGUGUAUGUAUACUAAAUGUUCCAUUACAGCAAAAUUGUAAUCGAUUUGUCAGUCUAAAAUAAAACGUGACAUUUAA